CUUCGGCCGCAACCUCGUUAUUAUAAGGAAAAUUGUGCGCGUGCAUUUUUGAAAUUUUCAGGAAAAACAUUUUAAGUAAUUAAAAAUAAUAAUCGCUACAUAAAUUACAUUACGUAAAUUUUCACAACGCGCUCGUAUUAUUACAUUUAAAAUAAUACAAUUUUAAUUAUACCGAAAAAAAAAAAAAAAGCAUUUCCUCGCUUUCUUAAAAUAACAGGACCGGUUAAACGAGUUGUCUAGGAAAUAAAAUGUAUUUUCCUCUUUCAUUUGAGAGACCGAAGAGUGGAAGAACGAUACGAAUUGAAUUAUAAAUAUAUAUAUAUAAUUUUACAAUCGAAAAUCUCGUACCGAUCGAUUAUAAAAACGAAUAUUGUAGAAUCCAUACAAGGACCGCAGUUAACAAACAGUCAUGUUUGGGUGAUGACACGAACCCGUGUGGUGGAUGGAUUGAAUUAAUACCGAUCGGUUUAUAAUAAACUAAACAUUGCACAAUGUUUAAAUUUGGAAGUAAAAAGGACGUUAAUAUCGAAUAUAAAUGCACUGUCAGAUUAUUGGAUGAUAACGAAGUGUUACAGUGUGAGUUUCAGAAUGAGCACAAAGGACAAUACCUUUUGGACUAUGUAUGUAAUGCCCUUAAUCUUGUUGAGAAAGAUUAUUUUGGAUUGCGCUAUGUUGAUUCACACAAGCAACGUCAUUGGUUGGAUCCUACACGCUCUAUUUUGAAGCAAAUUAAAGGCAUGAAUCCAAUCAUAUUUUGCUUUAGAGCAAAAUUUUAUCCUGCAGAUCCAUAUCGUUUAAGAGAAGAAAUUACAAGGUAUCAAAUAUUUCUCCAGCUUCGAAGAGAUCUGCUUCAUGGCCGAUUAUAUUGUUCUCAAACAGAUGCAGCACUUCUUGCUGCAUACAUUAUACAAUCUGAAUUGGGUGAUUAUGAACCAGAAUAUCAUGUCGGAAACUAUGUUUCUGAAUUUAAAUUACUUUUAAAACAGACACCUAGACUUGAAGAAAAAAUUAUUGAAAUACAUCAAACACAAUUACGAGGUCAAGUUCCAGCUGUUGCUGAAAUGAAUUUUUUGCGAAAGGCAUGUCUGUUGGAUACUUAUGGUGUGGAUCCUCAUCCAAUUAAGGAUCAUAAAGGAAAUCAACUGUACCUUGGUAUUAAUCAUGCAGGAAUUUUGACAUUUCAAGGAAGUAGAAAAACUCAUCAUUUUAAAUGGCAGGAUAUUCAGAAAAUUAAUUAUGAAGGAAAAAUGUUUAUUAUUCAGCUUCUUUUUAAUGAAGAUUCUAGGACAAAGAAAAAACAUCUGAUUGGAUUUAAAUGUCCAACUCAAGCUGCUUGCCUUCAUUUAUGGAGAUGUGCUGUUGAACAAAGAUAUUUCUUCACGAUGAAUUCAUCCAGUGAAGUUCCACAGGUUACAACAGGAGGAGGAUUAUUAUCUCGUGGUUCAAAAUUUCGUUAUAGUGGUCGUGUUGAAAAAGAAGUUGUUGAAGAAAUGAAGAAUAUUAAGAGAGAAGCACCAUAUUUUCAACGUUGUUUAACAAGACCGUCUUCAUUUCGACAUAAAGGAGAUGGAUACUCACACACAACACCAUCUUCUCCUCAAGAGAUUGGUGAUGAUUUUGGAAAUCUCAAUUACGCCAAUCAUUCUACACCAAUGACUGGUACCAUUCUGAUAGAGCCUAACGAUUCUUUGACCGAUAAUUCGAUUACUCAGAGUCCUACUGCAAACAGUCUGCCGAUGGAUGCUCUGGAGACUCUAAAGGAGGAGGAGAGGGAUCUCGUACCUCUUGACUCCUCUCUCCCCGCGGAAGUAGAUGCCUUUGCCGAACCCGACACUCCUGACCUCUCGACGUCUCAUAUUUCUAAUCAUCUUCCCGAACAGCCGAGUUCUCUAGAAGACAAUCUGACUGACGUAGAAAUUCCCGAAAUCUCAUCCAACCACAUACCUUUUUCUGCUAGAUGCAUUGAUAACAAUAUACCACUAGAUGUAAAAAUCCCAAAAAGAAGGGGACCAUUCGUUGUUUCCUCGAAUUCUUUACCUCCUCACGUAUAUGUCAUGCGUGUUAUUGUAUUGGCUAGCCUCUUUGUUCUCCUGAUCCUAUCGUGCCUUUUGAUUGUUGUCAUGGAAUCAGACUCCACACUUUUCAGUGAUGUUCGCAAAUUGCCAGAAAUGAUCAUAUUACGCAGGGAAUAUUACGAACCAGCUAAAGAUUACAUUAUGGACAGAAUGAACAUGGUGUUCAAACAUUAAGAUAUCAUCUAAACUUUAUAUCUUAGAAUAAUUCUUCUAAUUCAUCAAAUUUAUGAUUAUAAAAAAGAAAAUAUUUCCUUGUCAAUCAAACGUGUACGAAAGCUGCACAUUUAUACUUAGAAAUUUUGUUAAGUACACUUUCGAAAGAUAGAUAUUUUUAUUUAUUUAUUUCCACUUUGCAUUCCACAGAAUUCUAUUUUUUCAUUUUUUAUUUAUUUAGAAUUUUUUUUUAUUUAUGCAGCUUUAAAAGCAGUUUCUAAAUCAAAUCAAUUAAGAUUUUUUGUUUUGAUCUAUAUAAAGAUGAUAAUAUUUAUAUAUUGCAAUUUAUUUUAUGUAUAUGUUGGUUGUGAAAUUGUUAGUAAGUGUACUCUGUUGGGUGUAGUAUAUAUUUUAUAAAAAUGUGGUUUUCACAAUAUGAACAAAAAAAAAGUAAUUACAUACUUUGUGAUGAUUUUUUGUUACUGUUUAAGAAAUUUUAUCAUACUUUAUAAACUAUUAUUCGUGUCAGGUAUUUAAUAUCCUUCAUUCCUCCAAACUGCAUUUAUUAGAAAUCAGUUUUUAAGAUUCCAUAAAUCGCAGGAAAAAAGACAAUUGUAAAUAUGUUGUAUUUUUUAUCACGUUGUUAUGCAUAAUCAAAUAUGUAAAUUAAUGCGAAAAUUACAUAAAUUAUAAGAUUUGGAAAUAAUCAAACGAUACUUAUUCCUCGAAAAUUAACAAUCCAUGGACAAAUUUAUAUAUUUUAUUUUUUAAGGAAAUUCUUCAUAUUAAUUCUUAUCAAAAAUUAUUCAAACUAUGUAACCAGAUAUAAACAGUAGUCGUUUUUUUGGAAACUUACAGUUUUAUAGUUCUUAAAAUAGUCCUCGUAAUUGCCGUAUUUUUUAAUCGGCAAUUAAUCUUUCUAAACGCGUUUACAUUCCCAUGAGAGUGGCAAAUGCAAAACUACAUUUUUAGCCAACCACUCUUCGAUGCUUUUUCCAUACACAUCAGGAUACACAAAAUGCCUUAUGUAGUAAUUUUUCGUUAUUGUUAUAUAAUUGUCGAAAACUGUGUGUUGAUUAUAUACAUUAAUAUAUAUGUAUAUAUGGAAAAAAAAUUGUAUUAUCAUUGUUAUAUCGACUCGAGAUGUAAAAAUUUCUUUUGACACCUUUUUGUUUUAAAUUAUUAGGAAGAAAUUGUACACAAAUUAUCAAAAGUAUGUUUGUAUCCUAUAAACUUUUGUAUAUUUUAUAAUGGAAUAGUGAAUGAGCAUCUAUUAUCAAAUAAUUUACAAUGUUGUAUUUCCUAAUUAUCAUUUAUACUUGUAUCAAUGUUUUAAGUUAAAUUGAAUGGCAAAAAAAAAAAAACAAUCAAUUGUGGUUACAAAAGUGACCAUUUAAAACAAUUUCUUUUUACUAUUUGCAUCUGCUGUGCAGUGCAUUAAAGAUUUCACUGCUUUA